CCAACAGAAACCACACGACAACUGCUCGCAUUGGAUUGGCUUGUUCUACUGUUGCUUUCAGCUGGAAAAAGGAAACGAGGGAUUUCAGUGUUUUCUGACGCCUCCGGCUCAUUUUGACUGACACCCUGAGCGUUUCAACUGGCGUUUGGAUGCUGCCACAAUGCUGUCAGGAUUUUGGACAGAGACAUGCUGAUAUGAUUUUAUUUAAGCCUGAUUUUUCUGCACUCAGUGCCCGGCUGGUAUGGAUGCAGCAGCUUCACUGAAAAUGGCUCGCUUUGCAGAUGAUCUACCCACCCGCUAUGGAGGAAGCGCAGGCGGCGGAGGAAGAGGUGGGCCGGGCGCUGGGAGAGGGGGAGCCCGUGGUGGUGGCGCUCCGGCCGGCCAGAGGAUGUACAAGCAGUCGAUGGCCCAGAGAGCACGGACAAUGGCCAUUUACAACCCGAACCCUGUCAAACAAAACUGCCUCACUGUCAACCGCUCCCUCUUCAUCUUCCGCGAGGACAAUCUCAUCCGGAAGUAUGCAAAGCGAAUAACAGAGUGGCCUCCAUUUGAGUACAUGAUCCUGGCUACAAUUAUUGCCAACUGCAUCGUCUUGGCCCUGGAGCAGCAUCUACCUGCGGGCGACAAGACUCCCAUGUCACAACGCCUGGAUGACACAGAGCCCUACUUUAUUGGAAUAUUCUGCUUCGAGGCUGCCAUUAAGAUCAUCGCCUUGGGCUUUGCAUUUCACAAAGGCUCCUACCUCCGCAACGGCUGGAAUGUAAUGGACUUUGUGGUUGUCCUCACAGGAAUCUUGGCCAAGGUGGGUUCGGACUUUGACCUGAGAACACUGCGAGCGGUGAGGGUGCUGAGACCACUGAAACUCGUGUCAGGAAUCCCCAGUCUUCAGGUGGUGUUGAAAUCCAUAAUGAAAGCCAUGGUUCCUCUGCUUCAGAUCGGCCUGCUGCUGUUCUUCGCCAUAGUCAUGUUUGCCAUCAUCGGGGUGGAGUUUUACAUGGGCAAAUUCCACACCACCUGCUUCAGGAUUGACACUGGUGAGAGAGCAGCAGACUGGCCUUGUGGUUUGGAGCUCCCAGCCAGGACCUGUGCCAAUGGCACCGAAUGCAGAGAGUACUGGACUGGACCUAACUUUGGUAUCACCAACUUCGACAACAUCCUGUUUGCAGUGCUUACUGUGUUCCAGUGCAUCACCAUGGAGGGCUGGGUGGAUAUUCUCUACAGCACCAAUGAUGUGGUAGGAAACACCUGGAACUGGCUCUACUUCAUCCCCCUCAUCAUCAUCGGCUCCUUCUUCAUGCUCAACCUGGUACUCGGUGUCCUGUCAGGAGAAUUUGCCAAAGAAAGAGAGCGCGUGGAGAAGCGACAGGAAUUCCUGAAGCUACGGAGGCAGCAGCAGAUCGAGAGAGAGCUCACUGGAUACUUGGAAUGGAUCUGCAAAGCAGAGGAGGUGUUGCUGGAGGAGGAGGAUGAAAUAGCCGAAGAGAAGUCCCCGCUGGACGGUGUGUGGUACAAGAGGAAACAAAACCUUCCAGUCUUAAAACGAGGGAAAGGCAAGAAAGGAAUGAAUGACCUGAUCGGUGCCAGGGGUGGGGACAAUCCUUUCACAGACAUCUCUUCUGUUGCUCCGCCUGGCUCUCCAUUUGGUCGAGCCAGUGUGAAAAGCAGCGGAAAGAUGGACAGCUCUUCUUACUUCCGGCGUAAGGAGAAAAGGAUUCGUUUCUUCAUCCGACGCAUGGUGAAAGCUCAGAGCUUCUACUGGAUCGUUCUGUGUCUGGUGGCCCUCAACACUCUGUGUGUGGCCAUAGUCCACUAUGACCAGCCCGAGUGGCUUACAAGGGCCCUCUACACAACAGAGUUUGUGUUCCUGGGGUUGUUUCUUACUGAGAUGACCUUGAAGAUGUAUGGCCUUGGGGCAAGGAAUUAUUUCCACUCCUCCUUUAACUGUUUUGAUUUUGGGGUGAUUGUGGGAAGUAUUUUUGAGGUGAUCUGGGAUAUGAUUAAACCAGGAGCAUCAUUUGGUAUCAGCGUGUUGAGAGCCCUGCGACUGCUCAGGAUAUUCAAAGUCACUAAAUACUGGAGCUCGUUGCGUAACCUUGUGGUUUCCCUCCUUAAUUCCAUGAAGUCCAUCAUCAGCUUGCUCUUCCUCCUCUUCCUCUUCAUCGUAGUCUUUGCUUUACUGGGCAUGCAGCUCUUCGGAGGACAAUUUAACUUUGAAGAUGAGACACCAACAACAAACUUUGAUACCUUCCCAGCAGCCAUCCUCACUGUGUUUCAUAUUCUGACUGGUGAGGACUGGAACGCCGUGAUGUACCACGGGAUUGAAUCUCAAGGAGGUGUUCGCCGCGGCAUGUUCUCCUCCAUCUACUUCAUUGUCCUCACACUCUUUGGCAACUACACCCUCCUGAAUGUCUUCUUGGCUAUUGCUGUUGAUAACCUUGCCAAUGCACAAGAGCUGACUAAGGAUGAAGAAGAGCAGGAGGAAGCAGCCAAUAAGAAGCUUGCCCUGCAAAAAGCUUUGGAGGUGAAGGAAGUCAGCCCAGUGUCAGCAGCCAACAUCUCAAUCACCGCUUUUGUAAAGCAAAAUCAAGAUGCACUCUCUCGCAGGUCGUCCAUCAGCAGCAUUCAGUCACUAAAGGAGCAGCAGCGGUCAGCAAAGACCCUGUCAGUGUGGGAACAGAGGACCAAUCAGCUGAGGAGACACAACUUGAGGGCCAGCACUGAGGCCCUGUUCACUGAGCUCGACCCACAGGAGCGCCUGCAGGUGUCCUCCACCCUCCACCUGCAUCCCGACAUGAAGACUCACCUAGACCGGCCACUUGUGGUAGAGGGCAGAAACGGUGACCAGACCAGCAGGCCCUCUGAAGGAGGGCAGGUGGAGGCAGGGGACACCCAGCAUGACAGGGUGGGAGAUAACCUCCACACACAUGCCAGAAAACAUCACCGGCACCGGGACAGGAUUGGGGAGAGCAAGGAUGGAGGUGACUGCCGGGGAGGAAGGCACCAUACCCAUCACAGCAGGACCAGAGAUCACAUCACUGAUGGUGCCCAGACUAAAGAGAGGAGAGGAGAGAGGAUCCAUGGCCCUGAUGGAGGACAGGGGCACAGGCACCACCACCAGGCUGGUUCCCCUGAGGAAGAGGCCAGUGACAUACGAACAGGAGGAGAAGAAAGGGGGCAUCGGCAUCACCGCUCCCAUUGUCCACCAAAAGAGGGAAAUGGGAUGAUAGUGAAUGGUGCACAGGGAGAGCGGAGGGGGAGGGGAGGAGAGGGGGACAGCAAUGGAGAGAGAUUUGGACGAUGCUCUCGCAUAGUCAGAGCUCAGUCUAUUCUGGAUGGAGACAACUGUAAGGGGAACAAGAAUGGGACCAAAGGUCAUAGAGAGAGGCAGCCAGAUGCUGAGGAGGACCGCUUCACCUCUAGUCCUCUGCAGCCAAUGAAAAGUAGCCCGAGUCUUGGAGAAAAGCAAGAAGAUGCUGACAACCAGAAAAACUCCACCAGGGCCAGUCGGGUCGGCCUAAAUAGCCACACUAUCCACAUCCCUGUCACCAUCAAUGGGCCACCUGGUGAAACCACUAUCAUUCCCAUGAACAACAUCGACUGUGACAACUUCCAACUCAGUGAGGAGAAGAAAGCUCUGGAGGAUGCAGAUAAUGAGCCUCGGCAGAUUCUCCCCUACAGCUCCAUGUUCAUCUUCGGGCAAACAAACCCGGUGAGGCGACUCUGUCACUACAUGGUCAACCUGCGUUACUUUGAAAUGUGCAUCCUGAUGGUGAUUACCAUGAGCAGCAUCACUCUGGCAGCCGAAGACCCCGUGCAAGCCAAUGCAACACGCAACAAUAUUCUGAAGUAUUUGGAUUAUGUCUUUACUGGAGUCUUCACUUUUGAGAUGGUGAUUAAGAUGAUUGACCUGGGAUUACUCCUUCACCCUGGCUCUUAUUUUCGUGACCUGUGGAACAUUCUGGAUUUCAUUGUGGUCAGUGGAGCUCUGGUGGCCUUUGCAUGCUCGAGUCUUAUGGGAGGAACAAAAGGCAAGGACAUCAACACCAUCAAGUCCCUGAGGGUCCUCCGAGUCCUGCGGCCACUCAAGACUAUUAAGCGGCUGCCCAAGCUGAAGGCAGUGUUCGACUGUGUUGUAAACUCUCUGAAGAACGUUCUUAACAUCCUCAUCGUCUACAUCCUCUUCAUGUUCAUCUUUGCUGUGAUCGCAGUGCAGCUCUUUAAGGGCAAAUUCUUCUACUGCACAGAUGAGUCCAAGGGUCUGGAGAAAGAGUGCAGGGGUCAGUUUCUGGACUAUGACAGGGACGAUGUAGCAGCUCAGCCUAGAGAGUGGAAAAAGUAUGCGUUUCACUACGACAACGUCCUCUGGGCCUUCCUUACACUCUUCACCGUCUCCACUGGAGAGGGCUGGCCAGUGGUCCUGAAGCACUCUGUGGAUGCCACCUAUGAGGAUCAGGGCCCCAGCCCAGGUUUCCGCAUGGAGACAUCCAUCUUCUAUGUGGUCUACUUUGUAGUGUUCCCCUUCUUCUUCGUCAACAUAUUCGUAGCUUUGAUCAUCAUCACCUUUCAGGAACAAGGAGACAAGGCCAUGUCGGAGUGUAGCCUGGAGAAGAAUGAGAGAGCUUGUAUUGACUUUGCCAUCAAUGCAAAGCCGCUGACGAGAUACAUGCCAGAGAACAAGCAGUCCUUCCAGUACAAGAUGUGGAAAUUUGUGGUGUCACCUCCGUUCGAGUACGCCAUCAUGACUUUAAUUGCCCUCAACACAGUCGUGCUGAUGAUGAAGUUCUACGGAGCUCCGGACAUCUAUGAGUCCAUGUUGAAAUACUUAAACAUCAUCUUCACAGCGCUCUUCACGCUGGAGUGUAUCCUCAAGAUUAUUGCCUUCGGUCCACUGAACUACAUGAAGGCAGCGUGGAACAUCUUUGACUUUGUCACUGUGCUUGGAAGCAUCACAGACAUCUUGGUCACAGAGAUUAAAACGGACAAGUUGAUCAACCUGAGUUUCUUGAGGCUGUUCAGGGCAGCUCGUCUCAUCAAGCUGCUGCGGCAGGGCUACACCAUUCGCAUCCUGCUAUGGACCUUCGUUCAGUCCUUCAAAGCUCUGCCGUAUGUCUGCCUGCUCAUUGCCAUGCUGUUCUUCAUCUAUGCCAUCAUUGGAAUGCAGGUGUUUGGUAACAUCGAGCUGAAUGAGGACACUGCCAUAAAUCACCACAACAACUUCCAGACCUUUUUUCAGGCCUUAACCCUUCUCUUCCGGAGUGCGACAGGCGAAGCAUGGCACGAGAUCAUGUUAGCGUGUCUCAGUAACCGUCCCUGCGAUAAGCUCUCAGGAACUGUCGAGAAGGAGUGUGGAAGUGAUUUUGCAUACUUCUACUUUGUCUCCUUCAUUUUCCUCUGCUCCUUCCUGAUGCUGAACCUCUUUGUUGCUGUCAUCAUGGACAACUUUGAGUACCUGACCAGGGACGCCUCCAUCUUGGGACCUCAUCACCUUGAUGAAUUCAUUCGUGUGUGGGCGGAGUAUGACCCCGCUGCCUGCGGCCGCAUAACUUACUGUGAUAUGUACAAGAUGCUUCGCGACAUGUCCCCUCCACUAGGUUUGGGAAAGAAAUGUCCACCACGAGUCGCCUAUAAGCGUCUGGUAAAGAUGAACAUGCCCAUUGCAGAUGACAACACAGUGCAUUUCACCUCUACACUGAUGGCUCUUAUUCGCACAGCCCUGGAGAUCAAACUGGCAUCUGGGGUCCUGGCGCAGCAUUUGUGUGAUGCUGACCUGAAGAGGGAGAUAAACCGAGUCUGGCCCAACCUGUCUCAAAAGACUGUCGACCUGCUGGUGACACCACAUAAAUACAAUGAGCUGACCGUGGGGAAGGUCUAUGCAGCUGUAAUGAUUUUUGACUACUAUAAGCAGAAUCGUGCCAAAAAACUCCAGCAGAAUUCUUCAGGACCUCAGAGUAAACUGGGGGCAUUGUUCCAUCCUGUGCUGCCCCUCACUCACAUACAGGAAGUCGAACCACCAAUCUGCAGCCCCAAACAGUUCCACCCACCCCAUCCUGAGCCAGAAGUUAAGCCACAGGCCCCACCUACUACCACCUCCAUAAACAGGGACACAAUAAUAACUCAGAGGAGUGCCAUAAAACAUUCGCAGUCUGGAGAUGUUUCUCAGACAACACAAAGGCCCAAAGGCCAGAGGAAACUACAGAGGGGCCAGUCAGAAGAUGUGUCAUAUUCCAGCAGCCCUCAGGAAGUGCUUGAACUGAAGCAGGUGGACAACAUUUCAGACUCAGAGGGAUAUCCCAGCUUGGAAGGCCACUGCAGAGCAGCCUCUCUGCCCCGACUCAACGCCGAGUACUACCGGAGCCACCCUCGCCACGCCCCUGGGACCUACCUGGCACCAAUUGUCGACCUCAGUCCUAUAAGACGCUCAGCAUCCUCAGUGACACCCCAGUGCCAACAGGAGGUCAGGCUAAGGGAAUAUGACCUAGAAUGGCCCGACCUGUCUGAGUCAUCAACAGGGCAAGCUCAGGGCCAGGACAGAGCCAACCACCAUCACCACCAUCACCAUUGCCAUCGACGCAGAGACAAAGACAAGAAACAGAAGUCUCUGGAUAGAACUCCAUCAGUGCAACCAUCCAGCACUGUCGCUUCAUUCAUCAACCCUCAAACAGAGGGUAUGUCCAGAGAACGAGCGAGGGAGCGGGACCGCAGCCGGCCCCAUGAGAGAAGGCAUCACUCCUCAGCGGGAGAGAAGCAGCGCUACUACUCCUGUGAGCGAUACGGCAGCAGGGAGCCGUGUCACACCAAAUCGGCCGGUCCCAGUCGAUCCACGUCUCCGGGAAAGGAACAGGAGGCUGAUUUGCUCAAACAGCACAGUAGCAGUACGGCUAAAGCUGGCCCUGUAACACUCCCCUCUGGUUCCUGCGCACUGGGCCGUGGUCGCAGGCAACUUCCGCAGACGCCCCUCACUCCUCGUCCUGCUGUGGCGUACAAGACCGCCAACUCCUCGCCUCUAACAUCCAGUGCCAGCACUGUUACGCCAGGGCACCAUACUCGCUUCAGCCGUGGCCUUUCAGAGCAUGAUUGCUUACUUGGGGGCCAUGACAAAUCCCCAAUACCAGUCACUCGCAUCGGUUUGGACCCUAACUUAAACCAGCAGCCACAGGACACUUCUCAACGGCCCCUCCGUGAAGAGACAAAGGACUUCCAAGAUGCCAAGAGCAGCCACGGAGCUGGACGCACUGCCAGAACCACUGCCUCCACUACAGCAGCCUCACACGGAGCUGCUGCUGCUCCUAUCACAGCACCCACCACACAGGGUGUGAUGCCUAACGGGUACCACUUCACCCUCAGGGUCAACCCUGCAGCUGGGCCUGGGAGCAGAGGAACAGGGAGUCUCAGGGAGAAAGAAGAAGAGGACUGGUGCUAAUGUGGCGGGAAACCUUGAAAAGUUGGAUGGGGUUGCAGUGUUGUACAGCACUUGAUAGGAAGCCAAUGUAUUAAUACAAAUACAAAAGCCAGUGGAAAGUGCUGUUAAAGGUUGACCAGAGAUCAUUCCAGCUUUGUAGUGUUACUCUCCUUUUCUAUACAGCGAACUCUUGAAGGAAACAAGACACUGAUGACUUUUUCUAACCCCCUUUACUUGCACUGAAAUUAUAGCACAUGUGAAGACCCUUUACUUUGCCUUGGCUAGUAAAAUCAGUGUUGGCACAGAAGACAAAAGCCAAAAUCCCCUCCUUCUGUGAGUGAAACUUUGAACUGUGUUUCAGACUGAUCUGAAUGCCUCAUUCCUGGUGUUAAUAUGACUGCUCUCACAACACUGUUUUCAUUAUUAUAUGUAUCAUUUUGUUUUUUUGUCUGUCCUGUAGGUGAGAGGAGAGUCUCAAAUUGAUCUCACUGAUGCUGCCACCAAAUUAUUUUCCUCUUUUUUUAAAUUUUCUUCUUUUUUAUUUAGGUUUUAUUGUGUUAACAGUAAUAAUGUGGCAAAAAUGAGACAAGGGGGUGGCUAAGAAGCGAUGAAUAUUCAUGAUUAUGCUUUUGUAAUGUGUACCAGGUAUACAUUUUUGAGUGCAAACAGGCACUAGAUCAAUUAUUUUCUGACGUUAUGUGGCUGAAUACUAAGUGCCUCGUUUUCCAAGAUGUAUUGCGAUGCAGCCUGGCCAUGGGUCGGUUGGAUGUGAAUGAUGGAAUAA